AAUACUCGCCCUCAGGCGUGAGGGGCAGGUUCCAGUCGGGCCGCCGGAGAUGCCGACGGCGGCGGCGGCUGCCGCGGGCGCGGCGCAGUUUGCACCGUCCACCUCCUCCUCGUCAUCCACCUCCUCGUUCAUGGUGGGGAUCGCGUCGUGGUCGCGUGGGAGCUCUCCGCCAAGAUUGGUUGCCACCACGUCCAUUGGCCGGCGUCGUCAAGUUGUUCGAGCUGUCGCCGACCUGCAUAGAGUGGUUCAAUUGCCAUUAACCGUUGGAAAUGUCGAGUCAGUUCUGGAUAAAGUGCGCCCUUAUCUAAUAGCAGAUGGAGGCGACGUCGCCUUGCAUGAGAUUGAUGGGAAUGUGGUGAGGUUAAAGCUUCAGGGAGCAUGUGGAUCGUGUCCAAGCUCAGUGACGACAAUGAAGAUGGGCAUUCAGCGACGCUUGAUGGAGAACAUACCAGAUAUCAGUGCAGUUGAACGUGUUUCGGACAGGGAGAUGGGGCUUAAGCUAAAUAAAGCAAAUGUGCAGAAGGUACUAGCUGAAAUCAGACCAUACCUUGCUGGCACAGGAGGUGGCGAGCUCGAGCUCAUCAAUAUCAUUGGCCCCACUGUGAAAGUCCGGCUCACAGGCCGCGCUGCAGGUGUGAAGACUGUUAGAGUGGCGCUAAGUCAGAAGCUCCGAGAGAAAAUCCCAUCCGUCGCAGGCAUCCGUGUAGUGUCGUAAACUUGUGAACAUCUAUAUGCCAGCUCCUGAACGAGCACAGCUACAGCAGCUAUCAAGGAAUAGGAUGUGAAUGUGCUGACUGAUCAUGCAUCGAUGUCAGGCACUCAGGCAGUAGCCUCCUGAAGUGUUCCUCAUAUUGGCAGUCAGGCAGAUGAAUGCCACUUUUGAUGCAACAUGCUGUAUGUACGG